CUUGACGUUGGGGCACUGCUCAAGUCGCUCGGGCCAGCUCCUGCAAACGACGCCAGAUUCACCAACUUCAAGCCAGCAGGAUCUGGUGAUGUCCGCUCUCCCUGUCCCGGCCUCAAUGCCCUAGCAAACCACAACUUCAUCCCACACAAUGGCCGCGGCAACACCAUCCCCAUCCUGCUCAAAGGCCUGGCCGAAGGCCUAAACAUGGGUGCGGACUUCACCGUCGCCAUCGGCGGCGCAGGUCUUUUGGCCUCGCCGAACCCACUCGAAGGAUCUUUCGACCUUAACGAUCUGAACAUGCACAACUUCCCCAUCGAGCACGACGCGAGUAUGUCACGCCAGGAUGCCGCGCUCGGCAACGACCAGCCAUUUUACGACCCGAAUUGGCAGCAGUACAUCCAAUUCUUCAAGGGCAAGACGGUGACGGAUGUACCGACGGCUAGUAAGGCGAAGUUUGCGCGGUACAACGAUAGUUUGACGAAGAAUCCAGAGUUUACGUAUGGGAUUAGAGAAGCGAUUUUCUCGUACGGUGAAAAUGCGAUUUAUCUCCAGGCCAUGAGUGAUCCAGUGUCUGGUAAUGCGAAGAUCGAGUAUGUCAGGAGUCUGUUUGAGAAGGAGCAGUUACCGUAUAAUUUGGGCUGGAGGCCGAGUAAGAGUCCAAUUACGCUGGCGAGUCUGGGGAAUAUGGCGGUCCAGUUGUAUGGGAAUAGUCCGCAGCCGAUUGCAGAGGGCGAGAAGAUU